GUAAACGGGUUAACGAUUAGUGGAAAAUAAAUAAUACUGUAGGAACCAUAUCGAGUCAUUGUUUCCAGGGGACGAUAAUACUGGACGGAAAGAUGGAGAUUCACGUGGGAGAGAUGUUUCGCACUGACAGAAACAAUAUUUGCACUGUGGCUGGACUAAAAACACAGACAUCAAGCAAGUCCUGAUGUAUAAAACAAGAUGGAGCCACAGGCCAAACGCAGAAAGGAAAUGGACGGAUAUAACCCAGAAUCUUGGGAUAUUCUUCCCGUUCUCUCCGAUGAGCAGUCUCAGGACACCGAAUUGUUACCAGCCUAUGCAGCACCCAUCAUCGAGAAAAGAGAAACAUCUCGCUUGGUCAGAGAGCUUUCCCUGAUUUACCCUUUACCUGGACUUCAGCACAUUAAAAGAGUAAGGGCCUGCAAAAACAGCCCUCAUCCCUUGGAGGUCAUUGUGUGUUUGGUCAAGGACGUACCAGAAGUGACAGACGGCAAAGGAGUCACACUUGCCGAUCUGUCCGUUGACUCCGGUGGUUUGGGAGAACCUUUUAUUGUUCAAAUCCCAGCUACUCCUCCACUGACAAGACCACAGUUUGAAAAAGCUAGCAAACACUGGCCCACAUCGUUUCAUGAGGAUAAACAAAUUACAUCAGCUCUGAAAGGUCAGUUAUUCACUGCCACUCAGAAAGCUAAAAUUCAGGAGUACAUGACUGCAGCCGUCCAGGCAGCAAAAUCCGGGCAGGAAAGAGGAAUGGAUGCUGUGGGUGCAGUGAUUGUUGAUCCAGAAUCCGAGCAGAUUGUCGCAGUGGGUCAUGACUGUAAGAACGGCUCACAUCCGCUUCAUCAUGCUGUCAUGGUCUGUAUUGAUCUUGUGGCCUGUGGGCAGGGAGGUGGUGCCUACAACUAUGACAGAUAUCCAGCCUGUCGGUACAGCAGGCAAGAGUCCUUUAGGAAUUCCUGCAAAGACGUCAAUGAGAAAGACACCGGCCUGCCAUACAUCUGCACUGGAUAUGACCUUUAUGUCACUAGGGAGCCAUGCGUGAUGUGUGCAAUGGCAUUGGUUCACUCUAGAAUAAGCAGAGUGUUUUAUGGAGCAUCUUCUGUGGAUGGUGCCAUGGGAACCAAGUAUAAAAUUCAUUGUCAAAAAGAUUUAAAUCACCGCUUUGAAGUGUUUAAAGGGGUGAUGAUAAAAACAUGCGAGGCUUUAAUUAGAAAGUGAUUUUUUUUAUCAUUCAUUUUUAAGUUAUGUAUGCAAUAGUACUGAUUGCAUUUUAUUUGUUUUAUAACAUUUUUAAUGGGGCUGUAAUAAAAAGCAUGGGCAAAAAAAACUGAGUUGUUGUUUGCUUUAAAACUACAUUCAUUUAUUAUUCAAUCUGAUAUCAGGCAUACAGUAGUGUGCGAAAG